GUUUCUUCAAAUCCAUGACAAUGCAGAUAAAACCAAGAUCGAGGAAGCACCUGUUGACGCAUUUGCGGCGAUCUACUACGACUCGAAACUGAGUCGGGAGAUUGCUCUGCAAGAGAUGCGAGAUGCUGCCAAGAGUCGGGGAGACGGCUUGGCGAGCUUGAUUUCAAAUGAUGAUACCUACCCAGAUGCUUACGGCGCGCACGUGCCGGAGAUUCUGCUGCGCGAGGUCUACAUCGACAAGCAGGACAUCCAGUUCCAGGCGGGCUGGGAGACAGGCCGCCAGUCGGAGCCUGCCUUCAUGGACAUGAACCUGCAUGCGGUCAGAGACGAGAGCAGCAAUCCACGAGUAGUGCUCUUCCAGUAUGACGCUACCAACCCCAUGAAUCCUCAUGCUCUCCUGAUUGCGUAUGCUGAGGAGUGGAGGAUGCCCAACAGCAGCAAAGUAGUCCGAACUGUGAAGCCCGUGGUCUCCGAUUUCGACACUUUCACGGUGGGCAGUCGGGGAGUGCGGUAUGAGCCUUUGCCGCCCGAGCAGAUUGAGCUGGAGCUGUGGAGCCUGGACCAGACAAGGGAAAUCCUCAGCCAACCUGGCUCCGAAUCGUGGACUUCGCGUUGGCUGAAGGUGCUGAGCGAGGCCGAUAAGCAGGGCCGCCACUUUCACAUCCCUCCGUAUGGGUUUGGUGACCCCACGUCGUAUGGUCUGAUCGAGCAGGUGAUCAAAGCCACCCAGGUAUCUGGUGCAGUCCGCCAUGGCGCAGAAUGCUUCAACUUCUUCUUCCCGCAGGAGUUGGAUACUGAGUAUCUGAUCGUUUGGCAUGGCUUCAGUGGCAAGCCCUGGGAGCCUUGCCAGGUGCUGCCGGAGGUUGACUGGAAUACCACGAUCGGGCAGGUCUUCUGA